UCUGUGAACCCCCCUGAAGUUGGGAAGAAGAAGAAGAUGGCGAUUGUGGUGUAAAAAUUGUUGGUGGCGAAGAAAAUAUCAAUAAUUUUGUGGAUUUGUGAUAAAAAGUGUGCACAAGAGGUGUUGUAAAUCGGUAGAUAGACGUGUGUGUCAUGUUUUUAGUGAUAAAUCACUGAGGAAGAACCCACCAAUUGGGCUAGAAGCACAUCUCGAAAAGUCUGACCAGCAGAUUUGUGUGUGUGGCAGCGGUGACUCCUGUGUCUUUUUUUUUGUGCUCCCCAAUUUUCCCCAUUUUCACGGACUUUUUGCCAAUUUUCCACCUGGAUACUACUGACCAUACCCUGGUCAGACCCUUUAUUAGCUGCUGAGAGUGCAUUUGACGCCUCCGUAGUAGCUUCCGGAGUGAAAUCAGGCGAGCAGGGGGCUCAGAAGUCCGCGAAGGAAAAAAAGAAAGAUCAAAACUCAGAGACAAAUGACAUGACAUACUUUGACAUCGUGCAUUGAAAGAAAAUCACUUGCUUUUUACAAACACAGAAAAAUUCAUUCUUUUCCACGUUCAGAAUUCUAUGUCCUUGCACUCUUGAUUUCCCUCCGUCCUGUUUUUAUUUUCUGUUAUUUUUUCUUUGUGACUCACCUGAGCCAAAUUGUCCGCGUGUGUUGCACUUUUUUUUCUAUCUGUUUGUCAAUCGCGUGUCUCCUAAGUAGACACAAAGAGAGCCCCUUCUGUUUUUUUUUGGCCGCAAAGAAGACACCUGCCACCAGGAGUAACAAUGAAUUCAGAGCACGGGUAAUGGCCAGAAAUCCCUCACAGACAAGAUUCAAUCCAGCCUUUAACAUGGCCAGCAUCCGGCAGGUCAUCAAUGAAGCCGUCGAAAGGGGUAUAAUGAGAAUGCCAACUCCUACGCGCCUCAGGGAUCUCAUCAGGCAGAUCCGGGCGGCUCGGACGGCGGCUGAGGAGAGGGCGGUUGUGAAUAAGGAGUGCGCAUACAUUCGGAGUACAUUCCGUGAGGAGGAUUCAGUUUGGCGAUGUCGUAACAUUGCCAAACUCCUCUACAUUCACAUGCUGGGCUAUCCGGCUCACUUUGGACAAUUGGAGUGCCUCAAGUUGACUGCAAGUCCACGAUUUACAGACAAGAGGAUCGGAUAUCUCGGUGCUAUGUUGCUACUCGAUGAAAGACAAGAUGUUCAUCUACUUAUUACAAAUUGCCUCAAAAAUGAUUUAAAUAGUCCUACACAAUUUGUGGUUGGACUAGCACUGUGCACUUUGGGUGCAAUUGCCUCACCUGAAAUGGCACGCGAUCUGGCCAGUGAGGUUGAACGUCUUAUGAAAUCACCCAAUGCAUACAUCAGAAAGAAAGCUGCUCUGUGUGCUUUUAGGGUGAUUCGGCGUGUUCCGGAACUUAUGGAAAUCUUUCUGCCCGCCACAAGAUCACUUCUCAGUGAGAAGAAUCACGGAAUAUUGAUAACUGGCGUAACACUCAUAACAGAAAUGUGUGAAAACAGCCCAGACACUCUGAGCCACUUCAAGAAGGAUAGUGGAAAUCGAGAGAUUGUUCCGAAUUUAGUCCGAAUCCUGAAAAAUCUUAUACUCGCCGGAUAUUCACCUGAACACGAUGUGAGCGGAGUCAGUGAUCCCUUCCUUCAGGUGAAAAUUUUGAGACUCUUACGAAUUUUGGGGCACAACGAUCCGGAUGCAUCGGAGGCAAUGAAUGAUAUCUUGGCUCAGGUGGCUACUAAUACAGAAACGAGCAAGAAUGUGGGAAAUACAAUUUUGUAUGAAACUGUCCUAUCAAUUAUGGAUAUACGCUCCGAAGGUGGAUUACGUGUUCUGGCCAUAAAUAUUCUUGGACGCUUUCUCUUGAAUAGUGAUAAAAAUAUUCGCUAUGUUGCUCUCAAUACACUCCUAAGGACUGUUCAUGCGGACACUUCGGCUGUCCAGAGGCACCGUACAACAAUUCUCGAAUGCCUGAAGGAUCCUGAUGUUUCCAUUCGACGUCGUGCCAUGGAACUGUCCUUUGCCCUGAUAAAUGGCCAGAACAUCCGAUCGAUGACCAAGGAGUUGUUGGUGUUCUUGGAGAAGGCUGAUUCGGAAUUUAAGGCACAGUGCAGUAGUGGAAUGGUUUUGUCUGCUGAACGUUUUGCUCCAAGUACACGAUGGCACUUGGACACGCAACUGAACAUCCUCGUGGCGGCUGGAAAUUAUGUGAGGGACGAUGUGGUAUCGUGUACAAUUCAACUGAUAUCCAGUAGUCCGGCUGUGGAGCAGGCAUAUAUCACAGCUAAACUCUGGGAAGCUCUCCAGACGCCCAACAAUUGUGAGGAUAAACAGCCACUUCUGCAAGUGGCUGUUUGGGCAAUUGGAGAGUAUGGGGAUUUGUUUAUGUACAGCGAAAAAACCGACGAUGUAACACGGCCUAUGGAAAAGGAUAUUGUGGAGAUGUAUCAGAAACUUCUGUGGGCUCCACAGGGAUCCAUAUCCAGUAAACAGUAUACACUGAUAUCGCUGGCAAAGCUCAGUACACGUUUACAGGCGGCACAAGAUGAAAUCAAGCAGAUAAUUGAUGCUUUCGGGUCACACUUGAAUGUUGAUCUGCAACAGAGAGGUGUGGAAUUUUCGCAAUUGUUCAAGACUCACAGUCACUUGCGUCCGGCUCUGCUGGAGAAGAUGCCACCCAUGCAAAUUAAUCGGAUGUCAGCGCAAAAUGGUGCUGGUGGCAGUGCCACGUCGCCAGAUGAAAAUGGAAGUAGCGGGGAUCUGAUUGAAAAUGGCCUUGAGGAUGAAAGUGCGACGAUAACAGAGGGAUCAAAUGCUUUACUUGAACUUCUUGGUGGGACUUCGAGUCAGGAAUUGAGCAUUCCUAAUCCAGCUAAACAAGUUUCGACUGGAGGAAGUGUGUCGAAUAAUAGGGAUUUAAUGGAUCUCUUGGGUGAUCUUGAUCUAUCAGCUACAAACAGCAAUACAGCUGUUGAGAGUAGUACGAAUGGCAAUGUGAUGCCAAUUUCGUCAAUUGUAUCACCCGUUGGGGGAUUGAAUUUAGAUAUAAAUAUGAGCAAUUCGUCACUUAUAACUGGGUUUAUGGAUGAUCUUUCGACGCCCAUUGAGAGUCAGAGUACAACUCCCAAGUUAACUGCGUUGGAGAAGAAUGGUUUGUCUGUGGUAUUGCAACCGAGAAAAGCAUCUGGAUGCCUCCAUGUGAUUAUGACCGCCACAAAUUCAUCGCUCAACACAUUGGAACAAUUUCUGUUCCAGGCGGCCGUUCCCAAGAGCUUCACUCUGCAAAUGCUCUCACCGUCCGGAUCGACUCUACUCCCAGGAGGUGUCGUCACGCAAGAGAUGAGAGUCACACAAUCAGCAAAGGCCUUUUUGAGGAUGCGAUUAAGAAUAUCAUACACAACUGAUGGGAAUCCAGUGCUGGAACAGACGGAAGUUAGUGGUUUUCCGGACGAUGCAUUCGAUUGAGAUGAUGGAUAAAUCAUAAAGAUUUUCUACUGUGUGGUAAUUAAAUCAACAUCCAUUCAUUUAUUUUCACGUAAAAAAAAGAAACACAUUAUUAGUAUCGUCUCACAUUAAGGAGAAAAUAAUAGAGAGUGAAAUAAUUAAAAGACGAUUAAUGCCUCAUUUACGAUAACUUGAUAGUAUAUCAAAGAAAAAAAUAAUUAUAAAGAGAAAUAAUAACUAUAAUUAUAUUGAAGAGUUCACUUAAAUUGAGAAAAAAAAGUAAAAAAAAAAGAUCGAUGUAAUAAAUUAAAUGAUAAAUAUUUGUUAUAAGAUAGAAGUGGAUGAGAGAUAUCGUUAGAAGAUGAAUCAAAUAGGAUUUUUUUUUAGUAAUUAUUUAGUGUUAAUUGCGGAUCAUGAGGUAAUGAAGAUUAUUGUUUAGGAUUUUAUUUCUGUCCAGAAUCUUUGGUUUUUUUAUUCGUUGAGUUUUAGACAUGAAUAAAAUUAUGAGUUUUUUUGGAUUAAGGUUAUCCGUCAAUAAAAAAAAACUCCGAAAGUAAAAUUAAUCAAGAAUGCAGAAAUUUUUCCAACAAACUAUCUUCUAAUUGCUAAGAAUUUUUGGUAAAGAGAACGCGAAGAAGAACCUCAUGGAAGAUGGUUGUAAAUAACGUACUGAAGUCAAUAAUAUAUUUUUCAAUACAAUAACUAGCAAGAGUUUGUAAUAAGUGAAGAUAAGCGAUAGAAAAAUGGCUCAAUGAAUGGGAUGAGAUUUGUUGAAGAUAAAGAAAAAGACAUGAAAUCUUGUAAAAUUUCGAUGUUGCUUUGUAUGAGCUUAAAUUUCCAGAGUAUUUUUUGAUGAAAACAAAAAAAAAACAUAGAAAAAGUUUAAGGGAAAACAUUUAACACGAAAGUAGGCAAAAAUUUUAUUUAGUAUCAUUUUUAAUUCACAUAAAUAUUUAUUGAUUUAUUUAUGGAAGGGCUGGGCUCUCCCCUAUUUCCUCUUUUCACAAGGAAAGCAGUGUAAUUUAUUGAAAGGAGAGGCAAGAGAGGAUGUUGAAGGAAAUUGUGUGUAAAAUUUAACGUUGUACUUAAUCAGUGUCUUUUAUUUUUUUUUUAGGAUAUUAGAUUUUUUUUGAGUUUAUAUUUUGCGUUUUUUUGAAAACUCUUUCCUUUUUUCAUCUUCUAUUUGAGAAAAAAUAAUUUAAAAUAUUGAAAAGAAAAUUACUAACAAUGUUAUUGACAUCUUUUUAUACAAAAGUAUUUAUCUUGUACAUAGAGAUCAUAUAGAAUAAACUAUUAACAUUUAUGCGAUAUAGAAAUAAA